AUGGCUAAGCAAGUUGUCAUCCUCGGUGCCGGCGCCAGCGGCAUUGCCACCGCCCACAAACUCCUCAAGCACACAGCUCCGAAGAUCAAAGACCUCAAGGUCGUUCUCGUUUCACCCAACACCCAUUUCUUCUGGAAUCCUGCUAUUGUUCGUGGACUGGUACCUGGUGAGAUCCCAGACGACAAGAUGUUCAUACCAAUUGCGCCAAACUUUGCUCACUAUCCAAUCAACACGUUUCAACUCGUCCGUGGCCUCGCCGAAAGGAUCGAUACGGCGAGAGAUUCAGUCGCGGUCAAGUCUGACAAAGGGCUAGAGACCAUCCCGUACGACUACCUAGUGAUUGCCACCGGCUCCAACGUCGGAUCAGUGCCGGUCAAGCAUCUGGGAGACCACGAGUUUACGAUCGGCGAGUUACACAAGCUACAGCACGAUAUUAAAGCGGCAAAGUCGAUCGUCGUUGCCGGUGCUGGGGCUAGUGGCAUAGAGACAGUCGCUGAGCUGGGCCUGGCGUAUGGGAAAACAAAGGACAUUACCCUGAUUGUACGGGGAGAUCGGAUCCUCACCUCUAUGCGACGUGACAUGAGUGAGACUGGCGAGGCAGCGCUGGAGGCGACGGGAGUCGAACUUAUCCGCAAUGCCUCCGUCACCAAGUCAAGCAAGGAUGGGCCACAGACCGUCAUCACCCUCUCCACCGGCCAGAAACUCAAUGCCGACGUGUACCUACCCCUGACUGGCGUCCGUCCCAACACUUCAUUCCUCCCGGAGCAGUGGUUGGAUGGCGACGGGAACGUCAAAGUGAACCCUCACCUCAGGGUCGAAGGAACGGAGAACGUCUACGCGAUCGGCGAUGUCUGCAACCUGGAAGCCAAGACCCUCCUGGCGGUUGAGACACAGUUUUCCUACUUGGGUGAUGAGCUUGAUGCAGUCUUGGAAGGCAAGGCUGGUGCAGUUACAGAUUACAACGUGGAUACCAACGUUCGUCAGUUCGUGUCUUUGGGAAAGUGGAAUGGCUUGGGACAGUACAACAGCUGGAAGAUCUUUGGUUUCCUUGUGGGCAUGAUGAAAGGCCGCACUCUCUUCGUGGAGACAGCUCCAAAGAUCGUGCAGGGGAAGCAGGUGAUUCGGACAAAGGUGUAG